UAAUCAGCAUGUAAGUAGUGAGCCAGGUAAAUAGCUGCGAACGCCAGGCUACGCCUAUGUUAGGGCUAUAAAACAUAUACCUGAGAUUGCCCGUGGCUUUGAUGACAGGUGUGUUCUCCCAGUGCAGUGAGCUAAUCCUGCGAGAGAGACAGUACUGCAGAGGAGCCGAGGAAAUAAUCAAUAGAGAAAUACGCGUAUCUGUGCUGUGGCUUGGUGGGGUUGGUACAUUGUAUAUAUUCGACAGAAUCACCUCAGUUAAACGAACCCGUCUUACCUUGCCAGAGAAGUACUUAGUGCCCAUCCUCGUUGAUGUACUAAUCUACGUUUGUUUACGUUGGGGAGCAGAUUUUUGCAUGAACUGCGGUGUACCAGUGAUCCCUGAUAAUAUCAAUGGCUAGUCUUUAUACUUGUACGUAAGAGUGCCAUAUUGUCUAUGACGGUUGUUGUUGAGAGUGGACUCCUCACCGGACUCACGCGCUGAAGAACUGGUUAAUUAACCAUCCCACAGGGACUCUGAUUCUGGCUCUGUGAUUUGUACUUCGGUUGGAAAUCAGAAGCUGUUAAUACCGGUGUCUGGACACUGAAAUUGGCCAUGGAAUACGCUAACCGGUGUUGGUCAUGAAACCGACAUUUUAUCACUCCGUCAUCUCGAGCAUAUUUUUGGAGGUUGCCCUUGAGGUCAAAUCUUCAUUACCUUUAUAAUCGGCGAGAUUUAUACACCAUCCCAGGGAUAUAACUGUUUUCUAGCUUCCGCCUACAAUCAACAGGACGGUGGUAUUUUCCGGGAAGUGUCGAUGGAGGCCUACCCUAAGAAGGUGGCCAAAUCUAGAAACAUCUCGUCGCUGUCCUACCUCCAUAACUAGGUAACGCUGGACUACUUACCAUUCUUUGGUUCCUAAAAGACGCAACAGUAUGUAACAUCCGUAUGGGGGUAAACGUCACCAAACGUGUCAAAGUUACCUUCAAUGACCCUAAGGAGGUGGUGAGGGUAACCCCUAUCAUGUUCAGCCGGGUGGAUACGGACAGCUUGCUGAGGACCGCCCCAGUCGGAGCCUACCUUCUCUACGUGGACUUCGACACAGACAAACUUUAUCUAUCCGUCAGGUCAUCGGAAACCGUGGAGCAUCACCGAAUUCUAGAGAUGGAUGGCCUGUAUUACUUAGAUAAGCAGCCUUACCCUUACUUGGACUCUGUUGUCCUUUACCACCGACGACACAAACUAAAGGGAACCAGGUUAACACAACAGGCCUACUUAAGUGCUAAAGCUGUGAAGCAGUUUUCCCUGAAGGUGGCAGCACGGAAUGGCAACGUACCCAUUACCUGAAGACAGUCGUCUUCUGUUCCACACUGAUAGUGUCAGAGACGAACAGUACAGGUGUGGAUUACUCUUCUAUUUUGUAUACAAAUCACCUGAGAUAAUAUCAAAAGACGUGACUGCUUGAUCACGACAACUGGAGCUUUAAAACAGAGACGACACGCCGUGCCCUGUGUAUGGCUUGUUACGGUUCAGUACCCAUCGACAAACGGCACUCGGCACCUCGCAUUCAGUGCGCCACAACAUGACCCCUGCCACAGGUCAGGUGUUGAGAGACUGCUUAAUAAAGCGCGGCACACUACACUCCAUUUUUUUGUUUUGCAGAAUCGUGCUGCGCUGUUGACUCUAUGACGAUUGCACAUUGAUUUGA